GGACGGAGGAAGCCGUGGAAGCGGAGUUGGCGUGAAAACGGAUAAGAUGUAGUGCUGUUAAAACUGCGCCAUGCUGUCUUAUUUCCAUGUAUUUUGAGCUGUCACUCGGACGUUGGGGUUAUUCAUAAUGGCCAACUACGUGGCCAAACUAAACGAGUAUGCGCAGAGGACGCGCUCGGAGCUGAGGUAUGAGGACGUCGGAUCUGAUGGCCGCGAUCACAUUAAAACAUUUACCCUGAGAGUGAUCUUGAAUGGUAAGGCGUAUCCGGAGGGUGUGGGGAAAAAUAAGAAGGAAGCCAAACAGAAAGCAGCUGAAAACACCCUGAAAGGCUUGUCGGAGGAACCCCCCAAGUCUGUAGAAAAUGCUGCAGAAGCUCCCACUUCACCAGUUCAACAGACAGGGAUCACUCAAACCAACUACGUGUCUUGGCUCAAUGAAUACGGUCAUAAGAACAGAGUGAAUGUAAAGCCUUUGGAGUCAACAAGACUGGGACCAAAUGGUGCUACUCAAUGCUGUGUCUUCGUGGUUGGUGAUAAGGAGUAUCCAGCUGCCACUGGGAAAACAAAGAGGGAAGCUAAGGAGGAAGCAGCCAAACUUGUAUAUCAUGAGAUAUAUGGGAGUAAAACUACAGAGACUGGAGGGGAGAAAUGCGUCUCAUUAAGUCAACCAGAGGAGGAAUUGAAUAAAAAUGUGUCGGAUGUCUGUGAUAAAACAAAGAACUUAAGUGUGAUAACAACAGAAGAUUUCGCAGAGAUAAAUUUCAUAGGAAUGGUCAACCACUACUGUCAGAAAACAAAGCGCUCUCAUGUUUACGUCUUUGAGAACAGAUGCGGACCCCCACAUAACCCUCAAUUUUUCUACAAAUUAGUGAUCAACAAUAAGGAAUACCCUGUGGGUGAGGGGAAGAGCAUCAAGGAUGCCAAACAAAAUGCAGCUCAGCUGGCCUGGUCUGCUCUUCAAGAACAGCCAGACUGGGACAGCAAGGUGUCAGCAUCAGCUGUAGCUGAGGAUGUUGCGCAAGCCAGGCUGUCCACACCGCCGAGCAAGCUGGAGUCCCGUGACACAAAAUACAAAAUCAUGCCAACGACAUCAAGUGACUCGGUUGUUUUCGCCAAUUCAUCAAGUCCUCCCAAGACUCAGUUUCAAAGUCCUGAUGCAAAGCCAAGAAUAAGAAUUGCUGCAAAUUUCUCAAAGGUCCACAGAAACAGCAAAGAGGAUGUAAUGCCCAAUUUCAAAGGCAAGAAUACAGGAGCUAGACAGAGUGAGAAAACAACGACCACAUCAGUAAACUCAAGGUUUGCAUCAGAAUUUGACUCCAUGAUGUGCCUUGGCAAGGGAGCCUUUGGUCGUGUUUUCAAGGCAAGAGAAAAACUGCUGGAGAAGUACUUUGCUGUAAAGAUUGUCCGCUGCAAAGAAAAAGCUCUACGAGAGGUGGGGGCAUUGUCGGACCUCCAUCACUGCAAUAUUGUUCGAUACUACACAUGCUGGUUGGAGGAUUCAGGAUACCAGUGGGACAGUGCGGCUGACAGUUGCAGCAGUUCACAGUCGACCGGUGAUUCGUUGAUGAGGUACCUCUAUAUUCAGAUGGAGCUGUGUGACACCAAAACACUCAGGGUGUGGAUCGACGAGAAGAACAUUCAGAAUGUGAAGAAAUCUCUGCGCGACUCCAAGAGAAGAGAAGAAAGUCUAACCAUUGCAAAGCAAAUCGUCAGCGGAGUCGAGUACAUUCACUCCAAGAUGCUCAUCCACAGAGACCUGAAGCCCGCCAACAUCAUGUUCGGGCGAGAUGGAGAGGUGAAGAUCGGAGACUUUGGUCUGGUCACUGCAGAGAAUGAUGACGACGCUGAGAGCCUGAUGGAGAGAACAGUGUACAAAGGAACCCCAUCUUACAUGGCUCCCGAGCAAAAGAACAGGAGCACCUACGAUCGAAAAGUGGAUAUAUUUGCUUUGGGGUUGGUAUAUUUUGAACUCCUUUGGAACCUCUCUACUGGCCUCGAAAGGAAAGUGAUUUGGGAUGAUGUGAGAAACCAGAAACCUCCUCAAGGAUUUUUGCGCAGUUUUCCCAUUGAGAACCAAAUUAUAAAGUCAAUGCUGUAUGUGAAUCCAGAAGACCGACCCGAAGCCAGUAAAGUGAAGUUGGACUUGGAAGACUACACUCAGACACUUCUGACACUUAAAGACAUACGUCGCGACAGUAAGACUGUCUGAUCAUGACAAGGAAAUACUCAAACAGAAGGCAAACGCAUCAGUCAUCACUAGACCUGUCACAGUUAUGACAUCAUUGCAAUAGUUCGAGCUGUCCGCAAUCAUUUUUCAAAAUUCUCUGUCAGUGGAGUUUCAAACGAAGCACAUGAGACAAACACGAAUGCCAUAUUUCCCUCACAUUACCCACACUGUUUUCCAUCGAUUGAGGUUUGACUGACACUCUUUUAAUUAGAUCAUCUUCUCAUGCCCUUUUCCUCUGCAGAGGUUUAAUGGCACCCGACUGGAGAAUUAUGCUGCGUUCCAGUCAAAGUCGGAGGUAUGUGGAAGCAAAAAAGGGACAAUAAUAUUUUGAAAUUGUGUUUGUGGUGGAAAUGAACUUUGGUGAAAGGAGAAAGAUUAGUGAUGACAAAAAUAUGUCUUUGAGAGUAUGGAUCAGAGCAGGAUUCAAGCCUGAUAAGCAUUAAGAAACAUAUCAAGUGUGAAUGGCGUACGUGAAUGGACAGAGGAACUGUCUGGCAAAGGGGAACUAAGUGAGAGCUGUCAGAAAGGUAACAAGCAGAUCUGGUUUAGGUCAGUUUAGUGGGAAGGUGUUUUGAGGUACAACUGUGUGUGUGCAGCUAUCAUAGAAACCCUGUCUGCAGAGUUACCGUAUGUGUGAGUUUAUGAAUGUGUAAUACAAUUUUGCAGCUGUAGAAGUUUUUUGUGCAUGUGUGGAAACGUUUUUGUGCACACAUGUAUAAUUUGCACAUGUACAAAAAUUUUACUUGCUGUAGAAAUAUUUUCUGGAUGUGGAAUUCAAAUUCGUGCAGGAAUAUUUUGAACAUUGAGGUUUCACGGAGUCUGAGAGGCAGACACACAAAUUUCCUAUCUGUGUAUGUGACACUGAACUAUACAAGUUACAAGCUGCCAGUUACAAGCACGAAUUUUGAUCCUGUUUUCACACUUGAGCUGGCAGGCCAAUUGGCAUGUUACUCACUGACAAGCCAAUCAGCAUUGCCCCCUGACCAUCCACUGGAUGGCAUUCAGUUCAGGCAUAAAGACAGGGUCAAAAUCUGUAGCUUGUAUACUUCAGUGUCACAUACACAGAUAGGAAAUGUGACCUCUAAGACUUUGUGUAAUCUCACUGGUCAAAGUAUUCCUCCACAAAUGUAAUUCCACAUCCACAAAAUGUACUUUUUGUACAUGUGCAAACUAUACCUGUGUGCACAAAACCUUUUCGCACAAAGUUUUUCUCCAACUGCAAAACUUUACAACACAUUAACAAACCCUCUUUAACAAAUUCACACAUUCAGAUAACGUGCAUACAAUUUUAUCACAUAAACACAAAAAGGGAUACACAACUGCAGGCUGAGAAAUUAUUUGUGAACACCAUUUCAAAGCGUAAAAUAUUAAUGACCCUUAUUUGCUUCCAUAGAGGUCCUAAUUUCCUAGUUGAAAGUCCUAACCUCCAAGUGUUCCACAUGCACAACACCAAAUGUAAACAAAAAAAAUGGCUGACAGCGACAAACUGAUAUUUCUUAGCCAAGUGUUGGGAAGUUGUGUAUUCCUCGGAUGUACAAGAGGAAAAACGAACGCUAUUAUACAUUUAAUUUUACAUAACAUUUACACUUGGAGGUGUAUCUAAAUAUUCAAUUCACUAGCCUAAUAAAAAUACUGUAGUAGUACUCCACUAUUGAUUGACAUGUACAAGAAGACAUGAGACUGAAAACAAAAUAAAAGCAUUAACUUCGGACAGACUUCAAUUUAAAGCCCAACAUAUUAAAAACAGGCAAAUAUACUUUGUGUUGCCUUUCAUUUGGAGGUGUACCAUGUACAGUGUGCACUUCUGUGGGUGCUGCCAUUGUUGUGUGACAUCAGACAACUGAUUCAUCAUGAAGUUGGGUAAAUGUUUACAAUUACGAAUUCCGACUUGUUUUGGUAGUACGUCAGAAUUUUCAAGUCCGGAGUUGUCUGAAACACAGCAUCAACUCCCCAAACUGUUUAUCUUUCUGCACCCAACUUCUAACACUCAUAUUAUGGUUUCAAUAUCAGGAAAACGAACAUGGUAAAAAAGAGCUUGGCUAUCUAGACCUCGCUUCUGUUGGGCAGGUUUGUUUUGUUGCAGCUCAUAUGGGACCAUAUGUCAUGCUUUCCAGAGCAAGACAAUGAUAUAGAGCUGCCAGUUAUGUGUCUCUUUAUUUAAAGCAGAGAGACUUGUGAGAAAGUUGUGCUUGAGAUAAUUCAGUCCAUUGCAGCUUCAUUUCAGUUUGCUCAAACUCAGUUUGCUGUGCAGUGCAAUCUGACCAAACAGCUGAUCUGUCAUGUAAUAUUCUUCACAGCACCAUUAUUAUUAUUAUUAUUAUAUUUAUUAUUUUCAUCUAUGGCUCACAUAAACUCUUCAAUUCUAAUUCAAUAGUUUGCAUGAAAAUGCUUGCAUGAAAACAUUGCUUCUUAUUGCCUCAUUGCAUAUCAACUUUGAAAACGUUACAACAGGUCACACAACAAAUCCAUCUGCGUGCUGCAGAGUGACAGGGGGAACAUUGUGCAUUGUCCAUUUGAAGAUGAACUGACACUCUUUUUCCAGUGAGCGCCCUAUUUUAAGGAGUAGCCGCUGAAAUGAACAGAACAAUUAAUCACAAAUUAUUUGUAUGACAGUCGUCAGCUAAAGUGUUGAACAGUCAUCACAAGCAUGAUGGUUCAACGUCAUAUUCCGUAAUAGUGGUACCUGGAAGCUUUUGAAUGCUAAGGGGAGCUGCUGUUUUAAUAACUGUUUAAAUGAACUGAUGUGACAAAAUUUUAUAAUCAAGGAAAGCAAUGUUGCUCACUUUUAACAAUUAUGUCCUGGGUAAUUACAUUGUCAACUGGCAUGGUAAAGUGUUGAAAGUAAUGUCACGUUACACCCUUUGCUUUGUAAUGAAUGGGCUGAAUUGGACAAUAAAACAUUAGGUGUAA